AUGUCUCUCAUCGAACGUGCUAUGCACAGUGAAAGGAGAACCUCUUAUUAUCAUUAUGAACCCUCCCUGCCAGUGGCAAUUGUUGCUGCUGUCUUGUACACCAUUGCUUUUGUGUUGACGGUCAUACAAUGGAUCCGGUACAGGGCCUGGAUAUGGAGCAUUAUGGUAAUAUCUGCAGCCAUGGAAGCAAUUGGCUACAUUGGCCGAUGCAUCUCAGUCCAAAAUACAUUGGAGAGACCCGUUUACGUUCUUCAAUUUGCCCUCAUCAUCCUUGCACCUGUCCUCAUGGCAGCGUGUUGCUAUAUCAUCUUCAGCCGCAUCCUGUUUCUUAUCGUUCCCCAAGAGGCACGUACGUUUCGACUAUGCUGGGUGCCUCCCCGAUACAUUACACCUAUCUUCGUCGGGUUUGAUAUCAUUGCUCUGAUGCUCCAGCUUGGUGGUGCGGUGAUGAUCACUUCAGUCGAUGCCACAGAUCUGGAUGCCAAAGACAAGCUCAACACUGGAAAACACGUUGCCCAAGUAGGUGUUAUUGUCCAAUUGGCCGCCUUUGGUUUGUUUGCUGUCGCAGCUGUCCGUUUCAAUUUCACUUCCAAGCGUUUCACUGGGUCUCUUAGUGAGCGGUAUGAGAAUGUUGGAGAGAAGGACUACCGGAUUGAUGGGAUUGUCAAAAACAAACAUUGGCCUGCUCUACUGAGAGUUGUCAAUCUCACCACGAUAUUAAUUCUUGUUCGGUCUGUCUAUCGACUCGUGGAAUUCACCCAAGGCACGACGGGAUAUUUGAACACCCAUGAGUGGCCUCUGUAUAUCUUUGAUGCCCUGUUUAUCUAUCCGUGUGUUGCCCUUUUCGUCUACUGGCACCCAGGGAAAUAUUUGCCGUACCUGGGCUUGCGACUGCCAAAGCGCGCGCACGGUAGCCUGAAGGAGAUAAUCAUGGAGGGACUAUUCACUCUGCUCGCUCUGAGCAUUGUGAUGGCAAUUACAUCUUUUGUCGUCGGCUCAUUACCACUCGCUUUUACACUGUCGCCCUCUCAACUCCGCUUAAUAUCGUCCAUUGGUAUGGGCGUUCUGGUGGGGACGUCGUUGAUCGUGAUUAUCCCCGAGGGCAUUGAAACUCUCUACAGUGCAAACUCCCUCACUCGCAAGCAACACAGCACACGGGCGACCGCUAUCGAAUGGCAGCACCAGGCCCCGGCCGUGGCCACUUUUAUCGAUAACGGAGACAGCGCCUCAAAUCUACCUUCCGAUACCCCUGUCCCGGGUCUCCUUUUGGAAAGGGACCAACUCUCCGAGUCGCAAACACUUUAUGUCCGAGCGGAGGACUCGACUGGUGAAACAACGGGCAAGGAUACAAUUCACGGAGAGGAGGAGAGUUCGCCGCAUGCGUGGGUCGGAAUCGCCCUCAUUAGUGGUUUCAUUUUAAUGUACCUUGUCGAUAAGCUGCCCGAAUUCGCAACGCCGACUAAACACGAACGGACUCCUUACCAUAUCUCGUUGGAUAACCUUGGAUCUGGGUUGCGGCGGGGUUCCUCCCCCUCGCGUGAUGGACUACUUGAUGCGAAUCACGCUUCAAGACGUGGUCACAGCUUUGCGACCACGACCGGCCUAGUGAUUCACGCCGCGGCGGAUGGUAUUGCUCUAGGCGCUUCCAGCUCGGAUGCCGGGCUCAGUUUUAUUAUCUUUUUGGCGAUCAUGGUGCAUAAGGCUCCAGCGUCUUUCGGAUUGACAUCCAUCCUGCUCAAGCAAGGGCUGUCAAGUCGUACCGCGAGAGCGCAUUUGCUGGUCUUCAGUCUUGCAGCUCCUUGCGGUGCCUUGGCCACUUUCCUUUUUGUACAGAUGAUGGGAUCUUCCGGUGCCGAUGAGGCAGGCACUCACUGGCGCACUGGAAUGCUACUGCUUUUCUCUGGGGGAACCUUUUUGUAUGUCGCGAUGCACACUAUGCAAGAAAACGGCCCGGGAUCAUCCCCGCGCGAACUUCCUAUCAACGGAUAUGGUGACCGAGACCAGGAUGGAUCGGACAAGUCUAUGAGAGACUUGAUUGCAUCUGUUUUGGGCAUGAUCUUGCCGCUCUUCUUGCAGAUUGGACAUGCUCACUGA